AGUACUGUAUAAUAGAAGGAAGAGGAUCGGCUCUAUGGCUGAGGGAGGGAUCCGCUCCUGAGGGUGGAUCCGGGUUGCCUGCCUUGCGUGUCUGCACGUACAUACGUUUCCUGCCUCACGAUGGCCGGAUCCUAACCUCCUAGCCCGGAUUCCAGAGAACAGGAGUUCCCAGGAGUUGAGUUCCUGUCUCAAAGCCUAAGACACCCAAGAUGGAGAGAGGAGAAGAAAUACGGAGGAGGAAUCCCCAGAAACCUGUGACAGAAGAAAUUCCAAAAAAUGAUAGCCCAAAAACGAGUCUUGUCGAUGACAAACUGGCCUCUGCUGCCCUUACUGUUGCCACAGCUGCCGUGGCUGCUGUUAAGACUGUCAUAGGGGUCCAUUCCUGCAUUUUCACCAGGCUGGCCACCCGUCGGAAAUUGCUACGGCGAGACCACGAGGAGGUGGACGAACUGGAGCAACUGGUGGAGAAUGCGUCCAUCGUCCGUCUCCGGGCGGUGGUGGAAUCCAGCAUAGAUUCCUUGAGGACCAUGUUGUGCUCUUGCCUCUUCCAGUCUCCGGCCGUCCUGGCCGGACUCAUAGAUGAGCUUUACAUCAUGGAGCGGGCUUUCUGGGUGCAACCUGGCCGCUCCGAAUGGUGGGAGAAGGUUGUCCUGCCUCACUGGGACGACCCGCUUUGGCAGGAGAAUUUCAGGAUGAGCCGGCGGACUUUUAUGGAGCUCUGCGACCAGCUGAGGCCCGUCCUAGAGCGGCAGACCACCAACAUGCGAGCCCCGAUUACUGUCGAGAAGCAACUGGGCAUCGCCAUCUGGAAGCUGGCCACCCCGGACAGCUACCGCUCCGUGGCGGAGUGUUUUGGGGUCGGCCGCUCCACCGUCUCGAGGAUCGUCAUGGAAGUUUGCCAGGCCCUCUACGACGUUUACCACCGCGUGGUUCACCUGACCCGUCCUCAGGCCGUGAUGGCAGGCUUUGCGGCCAAGGGCUUCCCUCACUGCAUCGGCGCCAUUGACGCCACCCAUAUCCCAAUCAUUGCCCCUGCUCACAGAGCGACCGAGUACAUCAACAGCAAAGGGUACUACUCCAUGGUCCUGCAGGCCCUGGUGGAUCAUGAGGGCAGGUUCACAGAUGUGUACGCUGGGCGGUCAGGGAAAGUCCACGAUGCCAGGAUCUUCCGUAGCUCCCCCGUCUUCCGCGCUAUGAAUCAAGGGACGUUUGGUCCCAAUACCACUAUGGACCUGGGGGGACAGCAGGUGAAACCCGUCAUCCUUGGCGACCUUGCAUACCCUCUCCUGCCGUGGCUGAUGACGCCUUACUGUGGCCACCUGGACACCCGCAAGCAGCUGUUCAACGACACCGUGGGCCGCUGCCGAGCGGUGGUGGACUAUGCUUUUGAGCGCCUCCGGGGCCGUUGGCGGUGCCUGCUGUCUCGCCUGGACGUGCGGGAGCGCUAUGCCCCCCGCGUCAUUGUGGCCUGCUGCAUAUUGCACAACAUCUGUGAAGCCAAAGGGGAGCCCCUCCAGGAAGGCUGGGAGGAGGUGGUCUGGUCUGUCUCUAGAUCCUACCAACAACCGGAGCGACAGCCAGUAUACGUAUCAAACUCUUACGCCAGGGAGAUCCGGGAUCUUCUUAGUGCAUACCUGGAGAAAAAAGAACGAGGAAGGCUGGAGUGAAUAUACUCUUCCCCUCACACCCAAAAAAGCUCCUUAGGGUCGGUCUGGGGAAGAGGAUAGCAUUUUUCUUUUCUUUCCCCUCUGCUUCCUGAGGCUUGGCUUUCCUUAAGACUACAGCUGACCUAGUUUGAAAGCAUUGGUGCUAUUUAUCACUUUCCUACCAAAAGUGAGGCAGUUUGAAAUUGCAAGUGACCGGUGCACAUGCCUGCUACAUUCAUGGGUAUGCUGUGGUUACUGCCUCUGCAGAAGACCUCCUGUUGCUCAGCCAGGCCUGGCUCCAUGAUUGAUGGGUCCUGUUGACAAAGUAUACUCUGAUGGGUCCCCUUUGAUAUCAGUAGGCCUAAACAGCCACAGUGAAUGGCAGCACCUGGAGGCUGGCUGUCACUAUUUCAGGUUCCCCUUGUUCCCUAAAGCUGCCUGGAUCCUGGGCAUAGUGGGAAGUACAACAUCACAGCUCCCAACUACAGCUAAC